GAGGAUCUCAUAAAGACAGCGAUAGAGUAGGUAGCCCGUUCGUGGAAGGCAGGAAGUCAUUAUCGUUACCACCUAUGCAUACCGACCUUCUCCAUAAUGUAUCGGCCGCACCAUUCAUCGCCACUAUCGGCACCGGCACCGGCACAAGACGAGAACAACCUCGGCCAUUCCCCAGCACAGCGGCGGCAGGACCUCGAUGCAAAAUCCGCAAUAAGUGAAAGCCCGACCCAGCGAGACGCCCGCCGGUGGCCGCUCUCCACGUUAUUCACACCGACCGUCGUUAGCUGGCGGCGGCCGUUCACGCGAGCGGGCGGCGACUGCACGCCUUCCCCUCCAACGGAAGCCGGCUGGCGCCCACCCACGCUAACCACGCCGUACAUCCUGCUCUUCUCCCUCAUCACGCUCGGACUUGCGGGCGCGCUCGAGUACCUAGUGCAACGAUCGAACAGUCGGGGAGCUGUGGUUUUUGCCGAGGUUUCGUAUCUCCUUGAGUUCGCGCCGAUGCUGGUGGCGGUGCUGUGCGGGCUGCUGUGGGCGGGAGUCGAUCAUGAUGUUAAAAGGCUCGAGCCAUACUUCCAACUAUCGAAGCCCGGAGGUGUCACCGCCGAGCACUCGCUAUUCCUCGAGUACCCGUACAGCUUCGCCUUAUUCGCUCCCUUCAUUUCUCUACGCAAGCGCCACUGGGUAGUUCUCUGUUCGUCUCUAAUCCUCGUGCUCAUCCUGAACGGCGUAACGCCACUGAUGAGCACCCUCGUCGUGAAGAGACCCGUGCAGCGCACCGUCUCCUUCCCGGCCGAAAGAGCACGUCUAUACUCACCCUCUUCGCAGCCGGCGACGCUAUCCACCGCGUUCUCGUACAUUGCGUUUUCGCACCAGUACCACAACGGGAUGCUACCGCCGUUCACCACCGCGGACUUCGCGGUCCUGCCCUUCCGCGCCCCAUCUCGGAGCGGCACUCGCGCGGGUAAAGGCGACAUCUUCCGCGGCAGCUCGAUCCUGUACGAGGCACGGCUAGACUGCAGCCUCGGCGCCCUCAGCGAGCUGCCGGAGGACAUGCGGGAGCUGGACUUCCCGGGGCGGAACUUCCGAAUGGGAUUUGGGCGCUUCACGGACGCGGCCGGACACAGCCCGUACCGCAGCGAGGUGUACAGCUACAGCAGCUUCGAUGGCUGGAAUAGAACCGGGAUGGGCGAGUUCAGAGAGGAUAUGCUGGUGGUGUUUUUUGGCCGCAAUGGCUACCCCGAUGGGCCCGUGGCAGAGUUUAAGCUCAACUGGGGGUACAUGAACUCGACGGCCAUAUACUGCGUGCCCGUGCACGAGCAGCAGGAGGUCGAUGUGCUUGUUGAUGCGGACAGCAUGAGCCUGCUGAACUGGACGAGGAAGGGGGCGAAGACGCGGUUCACGGGGAUCAAAAUUCCGCACUGGACCGGCGUGUUGACGGGGCAGGUAUCCUCCGCGUCUUUCCCGGCGCUCCAUUCCACGCCCACGACGCCAACAUCGGGAAUGGUCUGGGGCCUGCCGGACCACACCUCGCAGCUGGCCAGGAAGCCGCAGUUCCACACGCUCAUGGACGAGUAUCCGCGCGCCCGCGAGUUCCAGCCCAUCAAUGUCAACUUUGCUACGCCGCAGACGUUUAGCCCGUUUGUGCUCGCGGGGCAGCAGGAGCUCGAGGAACUGUUCGAUGGCACGGGAAAGGCGCUGAUGCAGAGGUACAGCGAGGGGUACCGAUAUAUGUUCGCAAUGGCUAUGGCACAUGGCUUCACGGCGUAUGCGAGCGACGUGGCCGACAGUGUUGCGCCCAGUCUUGUCGAUCCCGUGGGAAUUGAGAGUCUGCAGCCGGCAGUGAGGGAGUUCCUGGAGGAUGGAUACGUCGUGGACGAGCUCUGGACACGGAUCCUUCAGACGGCGCUCGUGGCCAUUCUGGGCCUUAGUAUUGUGCUGGCUGGUCUCGUAAGGAACCGCAGGUGUGAGCUGGUUAGAGAACCGGGUACUAUCGUCGAGGCUAUGAUCUCGCUGGACGUGGAUGGUAGUGUGCUGCAGGACUUUCAGGAUUCGGAAUUCUUGAGCCCAGCAGAGUUGAAGAAGGUGUUGACCGUGAGGAAGCACCGGUAUUCUUUGCGGGCACAGAAGAUCUUUGUCCAUCGGGAUAAAGACACCAGUUGCAAUCCUUGCGCCAGUCCAGCCAUCGAUCGAGACCGCGUCACACUUUCCAAGUCGUGGGAGCUAAGUCGAUAUCUCGGAUCGACUGUGACUGCAUUCCUCGUCGGAUGGGUCACACUGCUUGUCGUCCUAUUUGUGCGUGCGAAGGAUGAAGGAUUUGCUGUUCCCGCCGGUACCUACCUCUACGACGCGUAUGCAUCCUACGCACCGACCAUCGCCGCCACCUCGUUAGAGUCAUUCUUGGUCCUCCUCACCUCGCAAGUCGCCCUCCUCUUCCCUUUCAAGCAGCUCAGACGGGGGAAUGCCAGUGCCAAGAACUCCAUAUCCGUCAACUACGACCGGAGACCGCCACAUUUGCAGGUUGUCAAUGGCAUACGAACCCGGAAUCCGCUGCUCACCGUCUUGAGCACGAGUAUCCUGCUGGCUAAUGUCCUUGCCGUUGCGGUCGGCGGGUUGUUCCACAAGAGCACCGUGGAGGUUCGGUAUCCGGCAAAGGAACUUGCUCUGCUGGGAUCGCUGGAGACGCUUGAGGCAUAUAAUGCUUCGUCGGAAUCAUUGAUCAAGGGGGACUGGGACAUUCCGUACGAGUCGUUCUACGUUGCGGCAGGCGACCUAAUGGGCUUCCGACGGCCACCGUGGACUACCGAUGAGCUGUUCUACAUGCCGUUCACCGACUCUCGCAACCAGACCGACGACCGCGGCGCUAAGUACAUCACGGAAACCUUCGGGAUGGGCGUAUCCAUGAAGUGCGAGGAGGUCCCUCCGGAGUUGCUCAGCACGUGGACAGCACUCAGCCUCCGUGCCAACGAGACGGCCACCGCCAGCAAGCACCGCAGCUUCUCGUUCACCACUUUCGUCAAUAGAACGAUGCAUUUUGGUACUUCCCGCUACGACACGUUGCUUUUUCCGGACAUCGGUGCGUACGCCAGAGACAACAUGUUCGAGCAGGAAGAGAAGUUCGUCAAAACGUUCUUUCCUGGGGAAAUCAUCAACGGGACCAAGAAGUACCUGUAUGUCGAGUAUGGUCCUAACCCGUACCCGGAGACACUCGCGGACAAGCAGGACUGGGAGUUCUCUGCAUUCUGGCAUCAAUACGAAUACGACCCGAACCGACGAGGCACGAUCAACGACUCGUUCUGGGAAUCCAAUGUCACCGUCAAUAAGAAUUUCUUCGACAGCGACAUCCAGUAUCUCAACAAAACAGUGGAGGGGCCAUCGAUGUUCAUUCUUUCCCGCGUCGGUCUCCGCUGCCAGCCCACUCCCCAUCUAGUCCGCUCCACGCUCACCUCCGACCUCUCGGGCCACAUCAUCAGCCACACUGACACCUCGCUCCCCUUCACCUCGUCACCCACCACCUCCAACCAACCCACCGGCCUCCCAGGCCUCGUUUCCAUUUUCAUGCGUACCGUCAUGCCGCGCGUAACCGCCAAGUACUCCGCCCACAACAGCGACAAGCUCUCUCCCUCCUCCUCGCCCGGCAGCUGGCUAUCCCUCCUCCUCUCCGACGAAGCGCGCGCGCUUACUCCAGGGUUCACAUUGUACACGCACCCCGCCCAGUCCGCGCGCGCAAUGGAAGCGGUGCUCCAGCGCACCUUCGCUAUCUUCCUGCAGCUGAACGCCGACACAAUCUUUCGCCCUCCCAGCGCACUCCUGUCCGUCGGCACGAGGAACGGUACGCUGCUCAGAGCGGAGGAGCGCGUGCUGAUCCGCCCGCUGGCACUGAGAAUUGCAGUCGCCAUACUGCUGGCGUUUGUCCCAGCGAUUGUCGCGGCGUAUGUCUGCCUCGCCGAUGCGAGCCUUGUCCAUCAGCCUACGACGCUGGCGGGGCUGUUUUCGGCGGUUUAUGCGUGUGAUUUUGAUGCGGGCGCUGUUGCGGGGGAUAAGAGGGGUAAGAGGGGUAAGAGAGGGAAAGAGGGUUAUGUGUACGGGUAUGGGUGGUUUGUGGGCAGGGAUGGGAGGAGGCAUGUUGGCGUUGCGAAGGAGCCAUUGGGGGACGGUAGGUUGGACGUACCGUAGUCUGGGAUUGGAGCAUGCGGGGAAUACUACGGGAUCUGUGGGUUUUAUGGGUUUUAUUAGUGGAGAGAGAGGGAAAGGCGGAUGUGGUUAGAAACCACGCAGGAAUAAGAUACGGCCACGGAAUUCUGGUUAGCGGUAUGGAGGAGGGAUCAUGAUAGGGAGGGCCCAUAACGAUACUCUAGCCAGACAAGCUCACCGACAGCCUACAGGCCACACAGGGACACGUGCGUGGGAGUAGGUCGGUGGGAGGGAGGGGAAGGAAUAGAUAUGGAGGACGAUGAAAAGAAGCUCGAAAGUGCCACAUUACAUGUUCCUCAGGGCACAUGGGGACCACCCGUAUGCUGCCGUGGUC